UCGAAAAUAUGUGGAAUCCAUCACUCCAUUCGUAAAAGACAUUAGAUUGUCCACUCAGGUAGUGUCUAUUGCCCGUAGACCCUCGGAUCCCAACGAUCCUAAUUCACCACCACUUAUUACCAUCAUCGAUCACAAAGGAGGACAAGAUGAAUAUGAUCACGUGAUAUUUGCGACACAUGCGGACCAAUCAUUAAAAAUAUUAGGUGAUGAGGCGACUGAAGAGGAGAAGCUUGUGUUGAGCAAUGUACAAUUUGUUAAGAACCGAGCCGUGCUGCAUUCGGACACUUCGCUGAUGCCCAUUCGUCGAAUCACGCAUUCAGCUUGGAAUUAUAUCACCACGUCUACUGCGACAUCUCGAAAUACAGAUCAAGUCUCAUUAACAUACUCCAUGAAUAUUCUCCAAUCUAUUGAUGAGACAAUCUACGGUCCUGUGUUGGUCUCAUUAAACCCCCUCUGGGAACCCGAUCCUGCAAAAACAUUUGGAUCUUGGAUUUACGAACACCCACAAUACAACGCCGCAACCAUCGUUUCCCAAAAAAAUCUGUCCCGCAUCCAAAAUCUUCCUCAUCUGGGAACCACCUUUGCCGGUGCGUGGACCAAAUAUGGGUUUCAUGAAGAUGGGUUCGCUUCUGGCCUCAAGAUUGCCACCGAAUUUUUAGAUGCAAAGUGUCCAUUUGAAAUCGUCGAUGCCACAUACAUCAGAGGACAGAAAUCCGAAUUGACUGCGGUGCAAAAGUUGCAGAAAAGGCUGUGGUCUGGAAUAGAGUGGUCUGUGAAUAAUUCAAAACCAUUGGCAAUAAUUGGGAUCACUGUUGCCACUGUUUACAUCCAACAUGCCUAUAAGUUAUUUCAGGACUAUGGAAAUAACGGUGAUGGUGAUGACAGUGAGAACCUUUAG